AGCCGUCUGUGGCCACGAGCCCCCUCCGCCUCUCCGGCGCUCCGCGCAGCUGCCCGGGGCGCGCUCCCCCGGCGGGUUCGCAGAGACCAAUGGCGCAGUCCCGUGCGGCGGGCGCGCUGCUGCCGCUGGCGCUCGCGGCGCUCGCCGCCCUGCUCCUGGGGCAGGCCUUCACGGCGCCCGCGGCAGCCCGUGCGGCGCCCCCCGCGGGCGCCGAGGGGGCCCCGCUCGCGCGGGGCCCCGGCGCGGAGGCGCGGCAGCUCCAGAGCGGCAGGGGCGCCGCGGCAGCGGAGGACGAGGAAGAGGACGACGGGACUCGGCCUAUUGUGGGAGUUCCCGCCGCUGUGUUGUGGUUCGGCACCAUCGUGACCUUGUUUGCAGUGUUCUCGACCACGAUCAUGGGCAGCUACUCUUCCACCCCCUUCGAGAAGAAGCCGAUCGUCGUCAAGAAUAAGGCGCCGGCCGCGGCGGUGGCGGUCCCGUCGGCCGUGGCGCCGGAGCCCGCCCCGUGAGGCCGCGUCCUGAGGCGGCGGCCGCGGCAGAGACAGCCACCCACGACGCCACUCAUCACAAAGGAGACAUCUUGCGGUCAAGAGGUCAGCCCUCUUUCCCUCUAGUUGGUGUGCUGUUCGCAGCUGCCUAUCUGCAGAGAGCGUCCUCGCUCACCUCGAAUCCUCUGGCGCCUUCAGCCGCCGUCAUCCCUCCCUCGCCUCACUCGCGCACGCCCACUCGUUCGGGAGGCUCCUACUUUUCAACUGAUUUUCUACCGGGCGCGUCGCUACAAGCCGGCGUGCCCAGGGUCGCGUGGUCGGAUGGCUUGUCGCAGCUGCGGAGAGGACCGCGAAUCUUGCCAGGCUGGCUGAGGAAGGGAUGAAGGAGCAUGCGGGCGGACGAGAAGGAGGACGCAGGAGA